ACCAGAGAGAGAAUUUACUCUACUCCUGUGUAUAUAAUACCUACACCUACAUUACACCUAUGUUAGUAAGGAAAUAAGUAGAAUAAGACAAUUUAUAUUACAAGUUUUACUAAUGAAAUUACUGGGCACAAAGGCAUCAAACUUUUUCUACAGAAUGGCACCUAAUUGUGGAUAUCACGAAGUAUCGCUGUAUUUGGUGAUGUCUCUUAAUACUUAUUUGUCUAUAUGCAACCGUUAUUAAUCAAACGGUUCAUUCUUUAUAGAAGCUAAAACAUGUAUCGUUGUAUCGUAUUUAUUAAUUCAGCUAGCAAUAAUUCAGGUUUCAUGAUUUCUUCGAAAUUAUACGAUGACAUAGGGUAGUGCAAUUACUUGGUAAUUAUGACAAAGAAUACAAUAAUGACUCGGUAUAAUAGGUACUUGAGAUGGGAACAAGGGAAGAAUAGAUCUUCUGUAGAAAUGUUUAUGAACUGCUGAACAGCUAUUUUCAUAUUACUAAAUUAUUUUUUUUGUAUCAAAAUCUAUUAACAUAUUCUAUAUGUUCGUUUAGUUAGUGCUAAGAAUACGUAAAAUGUAUGGCCAUCCAACUCGUGCACUGUAUGCAAACACUCGUACCUAAUAAAAACUAGUAAAACAGGUUUUUAACUUGACCAGUUGGUACUUGACAGUUGAGGAUUCUGAACCAGACUGGUUAUGUUUAUACAGUUUAAACUCUUGCAUACUAUUUCUUUAGACAAGCAGUGAGAAAAAAAUCACUGCGUUUAUAAGUAUGCCUACCUACUUUAUUAAAUAGAUUAAAUUGAAAUACUAACCAAUGUUAUACACACACACAGUAGGUAGUUGGGCACGAAGUACCAUGAUUAUGAUAGUGUAAUUUGACAGUUCAAUGAUCAUUCUUCUAGUCAAUCAGAGUCAUUCAAAUACUGAUCUUUUCACCUGUCUUACAUUCUAUUAAUUCACUUCAUUACUGAUUACUUUACAUUUCAAUAAAGUAUUCAUUUUCAAGGCUUUUAGAUGUCAAAGACUUCAAACAGUUCAAAGAGUGUACUGAUUUAUUAAGUUAAGGAUAAUUGCUUAUUUUAUAUUUAUUUAUCAUUAAGCUGUGAACUAUAUAAAUACGGCACUUCCAACACUAAUCGUGUUUUCAUUAGGAAGCCGGACUGUUAUUUAUAGUUAAUUCCAAAGUGUAUUUAAUUAUUGUAUAAAUAUGUGGUUAAUUACAACAGUGUGUCUUAUUAUUGUGACAAUUUCUUUAAAAUUCUAUGUUAAACUUACUUGUGGAACGUGCAUAUGUGACACUGUAAUGACCAACAAAGUUGUUAUCAUAACUGGCGCCAAUACCGGUAUAGGCUUUGAAACUGCUAAAGAUUUAGCGAAACGUGGAGCUAAAAUCAUCCUGGCAUGCCGUGACGAAGUAAAAGGUAUACAGGCCAGAGACGAUAUUAUACAAUCAACAGGAAACGAUAAUGUGAUUUUCAAACAACUGAACUUGGGCUCUUUUACAUCUGUUCGCACAUUCGCCGCAGACAUUUUGAAAACAGAACAAUCCAUCCAUGUUUUAAUAAAUAAUGCAGGCACAGGUAUACUAGACAAUGCCUUAACAGAAGACAACUUACCCAUAGAAGCACAAGUUAAUCAUUUCGCGCCAUUUUUGCUCACCGUCUUGCUUUUACCGUUAUUAAAGUCGUCAGCACCGAGUCGGAUUAUUAAUCUCUCAUCAAUAAUGCAUUUAUUUGGAAAAAUCGACCCGGAAACGUUUCAUAAACAAUCAAAAAAUAUAUUCCAACGGAGAAGGAUAUAUUCUAAUACAAAACUGGCGAAUCUUCUGUUUACAUUAAAAUUGAGUCAGUUGUUAAAGGAUACCCAUGUUACAGUCAAUGCUAUACAUCCAGGUGCAGUCAGCACAGAUAUUUUCAGGGAUAAGCCUUCAAUAAUGAGAUAUUUAAUAAAACUUGUAUGGAAAACACCAUACGAAGGUGCCCAGACCUCUAUACAUCUGGCAGUAGCUCCAGAGUUAGAAAAAGUAACUGGAAAGUAUUUUGUAGACUGUCGUGAAGAGAGGCCAUCUAAAAGUGCUAAAGAUAUACAACUAGCUGAUAAGCUGUGGAAACUAUCUCAAGUAGUUACUAAUGUAGAUACUGAAAAACUUAUUUGAAUUGUAAGUCAAAAGAAAGGCAAAUAAUAUUGCGUUUUCCCUGUAACCAAAUGCGCAAAAUGAAAAUAAAAAAAAAUACUUCUCUAGUCAAUAUAGUAUUGAUGUAGGUAUUAUCUUAUAUAUAAAAUUCUCGUGUCAGUUUUCGUUCCCAUACUCCUCCGAAACGGCUUGACCGAUAUCAUGAAAUUUUGUGAGCGUAUUGAGUAGGUCUGAGAAUCGGCCAACAUCUAUUUUUCAUCCCCCUAAAUGUUUGGGGUAGUCCAACCCUAAAUUUUUUUUUUAUUUAUUAGACAAAUUUUUAGAGUUUAUUUUUUUAUGAUACAAUAUACAAAAAUACAUACAAUCCUAAAUUUUCACCCUUCAUCAUCAACCCCUAUUUUUUUAAAGCGUUAUUAAUUUAUAUGGCAAAACAAGGUUUGCCAGCUAGUAUAAUAUGUAAUUUUAAAUUUUUGGGUAAUAGUUUCUAGUUAUGUAAUACACAGGUACCUUUUGUAUGGUUUUGGGAAAUGCUCUGUAAAUUAAAUAGUGUAUAAUAUUUUAUAUAUUAUUGUUAUUUUAUUAAAUACCCAGUUUUAUUCUUGAUAUUUUAUUUCGUAAAUUUGAUGUGUGAUUUCAUAGAUG